UGGAGAAGGCUUUCUUUAUAGUGCAUUCGAGCGCUGCGAUCGUGAAGUCACUGUCCAACAGCAUGGAUCAUUUGCACAGGAAAAAGCAACCGGAAACGUUUUUAUGUCCUGUGUGCAUUUAUCAUGUAAACAUAACAUGACUGUGAAAAAUCCAAGAAAAAUUGUUUUACCGGCUUAGUAAACUUAAGUACAUAGUAUUAAAUGGCUACUUUUCCUACUAAAUACUCUGUUUUAAAUAAUAGAAUUCUAAAGAAUUAUUUAAGAGGAUAUGCAUCUCCUUACUUCAAAUACUUCAGCUCGAAGGAUACAAGUGAUAUAAAUUCUACAAAAAUUGAUUCAGAUCAAAGUAAACAGGAUAAGGAAAAAGAAGAAAAAUCACCAGAUGAAAAAUUAUAUAGCAGUAAAGAAAAGAAUAAUGAAGAUGAGAAAAAGGAAGCAGCAAAGAAAAAACUCUUUUCCCUGUUAUCUGAAUUAAAGGUAUCACCAGAUCAAUCAAAGAUCAAACCAGAUCUAGUCCUAUCAAAACCAUUAAAGCGGAUAAGUAAACAAGAACGUUUUUCUGAAAUCUUAAAAGAGAAAAAGUCACCAGAUGAAAAAAUAAUUCAGGCAGUUAAGGCUGUAGCUGAAAAGUUUGGAGAAGAUGCAUUAGAAACACAGAAUGAACUGAAACAGAAACUAAGUUCGCUUAAUUUAAUUUCAGAAGAUUCUCAAUCAGAUAAAAAAGUCUCUGAUAAUGUGGGAAUCAGUGAAAAAAUUCAAGAGGAGCUUAUGUCCUCUGUAGAAGAUGUUGCAUCAACAGUUCCAUCUCCAAUAAAAUCCAAACUGACUCAUAGACUUCUAAAGCUUUCGGUUGAAAGGAAAGAUAGCAAGCAAGCUAAAAUAUCAAUGGAAAACAUGAUGAAAGGUUUGAAAAUUGAAAAACCCCAAAAGGAAACUCAGAAAUCAUCAGUUCCUGAUGUGAAAUUAAGAGAAAGAAAAAUGAUACCUAAGUCUAGAAGCCAAUCAGAAAUAAAUAUUUUUCAAGCUCCUCCUCUGAAUAUUUUUUCUACAGAAAGUGAAAGUAAAGAAGAACUUCCAGAAACAGUGUGGGAAAGAUUGGAGAGAAAAAAGUUGAAACUUUUGACUGAAUAUGCCCCAGCAAAUGCUUUUGAAGAAAUGAUCAUGUGGACAGAACAGGGGAAACAUUGGAAAUUUCCUAUUGACAAUGAAACUGAAAUGGGUGAAGAAGAAAAUGUUGGUUUCCAUGAACAUGUAUUUUUAGACCAACAUCUUCAUGGCUUUCCCACCAGAGGCCCCAUACGUCACUUCAUAGAACUUGUUGCUGUAGGAUUAUCUACAAAUCCUUAUAUAUCAGUUGAAAGAAAGAUUGAAAAUAUCGACUGGUUUAGAAACUAUUUCAAAGAAAAAGAAGAAAUUUUGAAACAAUGUGGUGCUUUAGAAUAAAAAUUAAAAAUGUUACUGCUUGUAGAUUUUAAAUAUAAAACUUGUUCUAUUA